CACCUUGCGUCAAUGGUGCAAAUCUAACAUGUUCUUAGAGCAUGCACAACAACGGAUCACCUCCAUCUCAACAGACGGUCUAGUAAGUGUGUUACAUCAUUUUAAACCAUCACUAUUCCAAACUCUACUUUUUCGUAGAAUAAUAACCAUUCCAAACCUCCACCUCACACCCUACUUUUUACAUUAAAAAAACUAUUGUGAGUGGGUGGUCCCUACUCCUUUCAAACCAAACAGGUCUGCUCCAUCGGACCACCUCCUCCAACAAGGAGCUUUGCUUGAGUGUCGGUUUGUUGAGCGGACCUCUCCGGUGGACCAGCCGUUGGAGAUGCUCUUACGAUAACUUUGGCAGUUUUCUUUUGUCUUCGCACGCAAAAAGAACAUGAGGGAGUGAAACCUAACAUGACUAAGGGUGUAAACGAGCCGAGUCGUUCGUGAGUUUAUGUGAGCCUAAACAAACUUUUUAUUUAUAUAAUUUGUAUUGAAUAUUUUAAAAUAUCCAUGUAAUAAUUACUAUUACUAUUAUAUAUAAUGUAUGAUAAAAAUAAAUAGUAUAUAUUAUUUUGAAUACAAAAAUAUAAUUAUACAUGUAUAUCUAAGUAAUUAAAAAACAUAAAAAGUAAAAUAUUUAAUAAAUAAUAAACAUGUCGAGCCCGAGCUGAGCCCGAGUUUGAAAACUUCUCAUGAGCUAAGCUCGAGCUUUAAAUUAGUUUUCCAAAAGGGCCGAACUUGAGCGCAAAUGAGCUUGGGCAGGGCUCGGCUCGGCUCGUUUACACCCCUAGAUGUGACGCUAGAUUAAUGUUUUUUGCUUUUGUUUUUUUGUUAAGCUUUAGUCAUUAUAAGUUUUUCCUUUUUUUACAAAAAAGUAUUUUAAUUUUAAUUUUUAAAAAUAUUUGAUAAAAAAUUUAGUUUUUAUAUAUUUUAAAAAAUAAAUGUUAAUCAUUUUAAGUUUUUAAAUCAUUGAAAAAACAAAGUUUUUAAAUGUAUUUAAAAUUAGGUAUAAAAACUUUGGUGUUUUCAAAGUAUUUUAAGUAAGUAAUUUAUAUUUUUUUUAAAAUGAUGAUUUGGUUUUUGAAAGUGAAAAGGAAGAUUAAUAAUCAAGUAUCAAAAUAAUCUUGGUUUUUAAUAAUUUUGCUGAUAUAUUUCUUCUUAACUUUUGUAUGGCCCAAGAGUUCCAAUGUCUGUGUUGAUGCGACCUAAGAUGAAAACACGUCGAUUUUGUAGUCUAAGACCAUGCGUAGUGGUUGGGGUGAAUAAUGUCCCACCUUUGGACGUUGUCCGUCACGUGUCGUCCUAGUCAGCAAAGAGGCGUUUUUCUAAAAUGGGUGUAGUGGGGAUGUGGGUAUUAUGUUGGUGUAAAGAAUUAAAUAAAUAAAAAAACCAUAAAAAAAUUGAUUGGACAAAGAAUAGGAAGAUGAAGGGUGAUUGGACAAACAAAUGGGGGCAAGGGCGUGGAAUAUUGGACGCCCCAUGUUUUUUUCUCCAAAAAACGCCCAGGGGGGCCGAGCUCAGGCGUGGUUGGGCAUAAAAACGCCCAAAUCUGAAUCACUGCGGGUGUUCUAAGAAGUUUUAAAGAAAAUAACAACAGGUCAUUUUGUUAGAUAUUUUGAAUUACCAAAUUGUCCAAAUGCAAUCAAUCUUGAUAGGGAUCCCUAGACAGUAUUCACUUUAAAUACCUGUGAAGUCUUGGUUAUCUUCACAAAGCAAGUGAAAACAGGUACAAAAUGGUGAAUUUUCCCCAAUUCCUACAAUUUUUUGGGCUUCUGCUUUUUGUUAUAACCUGCACCUACAAUCUUAGAAAAAGAAGCAACACAAAGAAAUGUGCCAAGCUAGAAGCUCCAAAACCAUCAGGGGCAUUACCUAUUAUAGGCCACCUUCAUUUUCUUAGAGGUCAAGCUCCAAUAGCAAGGAUCCUAGGAAAGAUUGCUGAUGACUACGGGCCGAUUUACUCUUUACGGCUUGGUUUUCGUCGAGCAAUAGUUGUAAGCAGUUGGCAGAUGGUCAAAGAGUGCUUCACCACAAAUGACAGAAACUUUGCAUCCAGACCAAAUAUGGCGAUUAGUCGUCACAUGGUCUAUAACAAUGCUGGUUUCGCACUCGCACCAUAUGGACCUUACUGGCGAGAGAUCCGAAGGAUGGUCACUUCCGAGCUCUUCACAAGCCAGCGCGUUGAAAAGUUCAAGAAUGUUCGCGACUCAGAAGUGAAGAACUCGGUUAAGGAGCUCUCUUUGCUGUCCCUAAAGAAGGGGGAGCAAUCAUCCAUAGUGGAGAUGAACAAGUGGUUUGAUCACAUAACUUUCAAUAUCAUUAUAAGAAUCUUAGCCGGGAAAAGAUUUAGUAACGGUUGUAGCGAUGAAGGUAACAACAACGAAGAUUCACAUGUGAAACAAGCCAUAACGAGGGGGUUGUAUGUUAGUGGCGUUUUUGUUGUGUCUGAUAUCUUUCCAUAUCUGGAAUGGAUGGACAUUGGAGGGCAUGUGAAAGCUAUGAAGCAAGUGGCUAAAGAGGUUGAUGGUGUUGUAGGCAAGUGGCUUGAUGAACAUAUUGAGAAGAAGAAAAAAGAGGCGGAUAGCGAUGAAAAUGAAGAUUUCAUGGAUCUGAUGCUGUCUACCCUGCCCAAAGAUGCUGAAAUGUCUGGCUAUGGGCGAGAAACCGUCAUCAAGGCAACAACAAUGAUUCUCAUGCUGACGGGUUCAGAAAGCACUGCUUUGACAAUGACAUGGGCACUCUCCUUACUACUGAACCACCCUCACAUACUAAAAGCGGCCCAAAAAGAGCUUGACGUCCAUGUGGGACGAAAGAAAUGGGUGGAAGAAUCCGAUAUCACGAACCUUGUGUAUCUACAAGCCAUAGUGAAAGAAACACUUAGAAUGUACCCACCCGGUCCCUUGGCAGGACCACACGAGGCCUUGGAGGACUGCAAAAUCGGGGGCUAUCAUGUCACCAAAGGGACUCGUCUGAUCAUGAAUGUAUGGAAGCUACACCGCGAUCCACAAGUCUGGUCGGAUCCUGAUGAGUUUCGACCAGAGAGGUUUCUUGAAGAGCACUCAGAGAUAAAUUAUCAGGGUCAGAACUUUGAAUACAUUCCAUUCAGCACUGGAAGGAGAAUGUGCCCAGCAACUAUGUUUGCUUGGCAUGUAAUUCACUUGACACUUGCUCGGCUACUUCAAGGGUUUGACUUGUCCACACCAAUGGGAAAGCCUGUGGAUAUGAGUGAAGGCUUAGGAAUUGCCUUGCCCAAGGUGAAACCACUUGAAGUUAUUGUGACUCCACGCCUUUCUCCGGAGCUCUAUCAGAUCAAUUAGUGCAUUAUGCUGGAUAAGCAAGGAGAUCAUAACAAGUUACAUCUGCUAUGUAGUAUUCCUUAAUGAAUAAUUGUUGAAAGUUGACUCUAAUGCAAUUUCAAACUAUGUAUUGGAUUCCAACAUAUGCUUGAUGGAAUUUUAGUUGUCUUUCUAUGAUACAACGUUUAUGGUUUUGACUC